CGAGCGCCUUAGUCGCGCGCUUGCACUCUCAGCGGUUGGCUGAUUUUGAGUGUAUGCUAAAACCCGGCAUUUUCUCAGUUGUUUCCCGGUAAAUAAUAACAACAACAACAACAACAACAACAAUAACAAUAACAAUCUUACUUUAUAAAAAAAAACUAUCGAGUUUUUUUUUAAGUCCUAACGUGUCAUCGCUUAAAAAGGAUUACAUUAAUUUUUAAAUGAACUUUUGGCGCUUUAAUGCGUAGUGGCGCGUCAAUUUUUUUUUUUCAGACUUUUAAUCAGCGACACCAUUUUUAAAAAAAGGAUUAUUGUUUUAAGUGAGUAAAAUAAAUUAAAAAAAUGACGCGCCGGUGUUAUAACAGCGUCGACGCAUUGGAUAUUUUGUGAAAUUGUGUUUGCUUUAUUUUUUAUUUGAAUUUAUUAUUAUUAAAUAAUUAUUUAUAAAUAAUAAUAAAAAUUGUUAUUAUAUUAUAUUAUUAAUAUAAAUAACAAGACCAAGUGUUACUGUGUGCACGUGUGCGUUAUGUGUUAGUGUUGGAGCUCAAUAUAUUUUUUAUGAUAACGCGUGGAUUUUUAUAAACAGCUGUACAUAUAUAUAUUUGUAUUAAUAUAUAUUUGUAGCGGAGGAAAACGACAUCGGAGUAUAUAAUACGGUGACUAUUGAAUCGACGAAAACGAAAUCGAUUAAUUGGCGAUGUGGCUCAGUGGCGAAACACGAGGAGGUGACAAUUAUUUCUGACCUUGCGUUUGUUGGAUCCCGAAUAGAUGCUCGCGGAUUCCACAUUGGUGAUUUUUUAAUCACACUAAAAAUUACGCAUAAUAACUAAUAAUAAUCAUAAUAAUAUUUACAAUAAAUAUUAGUUGCUAUUGAUCAUUUAAGUAAUCAUUACUAUUCGUAAUAAUAAUAAUAAAAAUAUUAUUAAUAAUAAUAAUAAUAAUAAUAAACACGGCUAAAAUUAUAUCAUAUAUAAAUCAAUAAAAGCAUAAAUAUAUAUUAUUAUUAUAUUCUACCUUCUACCUUGAGAUAAAAUACCUCGUACCUACAAGUACCUUUAAACAUCUACCUUUCACAGCGCAAUAGUGCCUGAGUUACUGAAUAAAAAAAAAAUUAAAUAAAUAAUUUAAAAUUUCUAAAGUUAAAUUUCUGGCUUUCGGAAAAAUUUUAAUUCUGACAUUCGCGUUUAAAAAAAUAUAAAAAAUUUACUAUUGUGUAAAUAUUAAAAUAAACUAUUUUAUUCUCAAACACUUAAUUGAUCCAGGGCAGCCGAGUACCUGCAGACAAAUAUAUUUAUAACGAUUCUAAACACUACUUGAUAUGGAAUUAUUAUGAUUAUGAUGAUAUUAAUUGAUAUUGAUAGUGAUAUAUUAGUAACAGUUUGAUGUUUGAGAUUAAUUGAUGAACUAGUGGCUGAAAAGCUUGUUAAUACUUGAUCCUUGAGGAUUAGUGAGCGAAUUGUGGACUUUAGUGGUAUUGAUUUCACUUCUACGGAUAUUAAUUAUUAUCAUCCUUUCAUUUUGAUAGAACAGAAGACAAUUUAAAAUGUUGCGUCAGUUAAGAUUGCGGACACUCGCCGUCAAGCAACGAUAAUUAUCACAAAGACAUCGCAAUAAUUGUCAGUGACGGAUUACAUCGGAAUGGGUGAAAUUGAGAAUUCAAGUUGAGUCGCUUUGGCAGUCAGCAAAAAGUUUACCAACAACACUACUCUCGACUCAAUUCCCAAUCUGCAACCGUGGCUCCAAAAACACCUUGAAAGUACAAGAUUACAUUAUUCCGCAAGUCGUCUAAAAAUCACUGCGAGUGGUCAGAAACCUGGCCACAAUUAACUAACUCACUUACGAAUAAUGGAAAAAUACGAGGUGUUAUCGCUAGCCAGCGUCAUGUUUUUUACGCGUCUCUACUAUUCUAGUCCUUAGUAUUCACACCGAAGCCGCGUAAAGUAAGUCUUACCCUAACCCUUAAGCUAGGAGGCGGAUCACCAAGUCCGCAUAAUUGAAGCCACCAAUUGUAUGUGUCUAGGUAAAUUACAUGAUACCAUUUACGAAGUAUCGGUCAAUAUGCAUGGCGCUGCUAGUGGCUCUGGCUCGACAUCAGUUACCACAAAAAUUGAUCGUACAAGGGUUACGGUGACCAGUUUAGCGAGCAGUAACGUGGCCGCCUCGCGGUAUCAUGAUUCUGUCGCCAAUAACAACAACAACAACAACAAUAACAAUUCUAGCAACAACAUCAUCAACGAAAACAGCCAUACGAUCAUAACCAACAGCACAACAAACGGAAUGGGCACUGGUGACAUCGCAUUAGCACCAACAACCAGGAUGAGUCCUCCAACGAGCAUGGACACCUCUGAAGGCACGACCUUGAUAACCACCGGAGAACCUACAAUGGUGGCUCCGAUGGUCAAGGCAGAAAGUCCUGACAUAGCUGCGGGAACCUCAGUCGGUUCGACGGCCUCCUCGACUGCUACAGGACACUCUGUCGUUGGUCCUGGGGGUUCACUUUUUGCGGGAAUCGCCAACAGUAAUAAGCGACCCAGACCCGAUGACUGGUUAGCACCCAGCAGUCCCAAUUCCCCUCAGAAUAUCCCUGUGAGACACCUGGUUUAUACGACGCCUCAGCAGCAGAUUUGUCACACGCCUACGCUACAACAGCAACAGCAACAGCAACAGCAACAGCAAACACCUCAACAACAACAGCCAACACCUCCGCCUCAAAAACAGCAGGUGUUGCAGCAACAACCCAAUAUGACCAUCAACCAGACUGGACAACAGCCUAAUAAUAAUGGAUACGUCAGUCCCAUGAGCUCUGGAAGCUACGACCCUUAUAGUCCUAACGGCAAAAUAGGCAGGGAUGAUCUAUCACCCCCCAGUUCGUUGAACGGGUACAGCGCAGACAGUUGUGAUGCGAAAAAGAAAAAAGGCCCGACUCCACGACAACAAGAAGAACUUUGUUUAGUUUGUGGUGACAGGGCGUCUGGUUAUCAUUAUAAUGCACUUACAUGUGAAGGUUGUAAAGGAUUUUUCAGAAGAAGUAUUACUAAAAAUGCCGUUUAUCAGUGCAAGUAUGGUAAUAAUUGUGAAAUUGACAUGUAUAUGCGACGUAAAUGCCAGGAGUGUCGACUGAAAAAGUGUUUGGCCGUUGGUAUGCGACCUGAAUGUGUUGUACCAGAAAAUCAAUGUGUUAUUAAACGUAAAGAGAAAAAGGCCCAAAAGGUAGGGGAAAAAGAUAAACCAAAUAGUACAACGAUGAAUGGCUCGCCAGGUAAUUUAAAUAUCGAUCAAAUGGGCGUUAAAAUAGAACCUACGGAAACAGAAUGUUUGACAAUGCCUGGUAGCACCAUUGGAUUGUCAUCGAGUUGGCCGAACGAUGUGAAAGCACCUAGUCCUGAGCAAGAAGAAUUAAUAAGCAGCCUUGUUUUCUUCCAAGGAGAAUUUGAGCAUCCUAAUGAGGAAGAGAUUAAAAAGAUCACGUAUCAUCCAACAGAAAGCGAAGAUCCCAGUGACUUGAGGUUCAGGCAUAUAACAGAAAUCACAAUAUUAACAGUACAACUGAUUGUUGAGUUCGCCAAGAGGUUAACCGGGUUUGAUAAACUUCUUCGAGAAGAUCAGAUUGCGCUAUUAAAAGCAUGUUCCAGUGAAGUUAUGAUGUUGAGAAUGGCGAGGAAGUAUGACGUUGAAACAGACAGUAUCGUGUUCGCGAACAAUCAACCCUACACACGUGAGAGCUACAGUCUCGCUGGUAUGGGUGAAACUGUCGAAGAUUUGCUACGUUUCUGUCGGCAUAUGUAUAAUAUGAAAGUUAAUAAUGCCGAGUAUGCUUUACUCACGGCCAUCGUUAUUUUUUCUGAUCGGCCAAACUUACUAGAAGCCUGGAAGGUAGAACAAAUCCAAGAAGUGUACCUAAACGCAUUGAAAGCCUACGUGGACAACCGACGCAGGCCAAACUCAACGAUGAUAUUCGCCAAGCUGCUGUCAGUUCUAACCGAGUUGAGGACACUCGGUAACCAGAACAGCGAAAUGUGCUUCAGUUUGAAGCUGAAGAACAAAAAGCUACCUCCCUUCCUUGCUGAGAUCUGGGACGUGAUGCCCUAGUUUAUUUCAACUCAUCGUCAGCCAAUGCUGCUAUACCUAGAGUCGUCGGCUCAGCAAAUCAUACACAAAUUUGCUUUGCAAUUUAUUAAUAUCACUACUAUUAAUUUUACUAUUAUUAUUAUUAUUA